GGGGAUUUCUAAUAGAAUGAAGAAGCCAAGCACUUCUCGUUCCGGGUCGCUGUUCUAAACGUCGUGCGAACGCCGCAAGUGAGAAAGUUUUACAUUUGAUGCACAGAGCAAACUUGUGUCGUUACACGUUUUCGGACAUUCUGUUUUUUUACCACAAGUUGCGAAGAAAGGAGUUGCUAGAUGUCGCUUCCCAAGCGGGAGGUGGAGGAGCUCCGGCCAUGGGUGGAGCGGACCGUGAAGAAGGUGUUGGGUUUCUCGGAGCCCACCGUGGUCACUGCGGCGCUGCACUGCGUAGGAAAGGGCCUGGAUAAGAGGAAAACCACAGAUCAGCUGAGGCCAUUCCUGGACGAGUCGGCGGGUGGUUUUGUGGAGAGGCUGUUCGAAGCGUUGGAGGAGAGCCGCAUCGCUCGUGGCAACAAGGGAGCGGGAGAAAGGAACCGGAAAAGAGACCUAAAGGAUGUGUUUGGGGACGAGGUGGAGGUGACGGUUGGUCGAGAGGUGGCUGAGGUGGUGGAGGGAGCGCCCGUCAAGAGGAAACGCGUUCCUCGUUUUGAGGAGGUGGAGGAGCCAGAGGUCAUACCUGGACCCCCUGCAGAGAGCCCGGGCAUGCUCACCAAGAUGCAGAUCAAACAGAUGAUGGAGGCAGCUACCAAACAGAUAGAGGAGAGGAAAAAGCAGCUCAGCUUCUCUGGUCCCGUCCCAAACUCACCGAGACUGCCCUUGCCCUCGCCCCAGACAGACCUCCCAGCCUCGCGCCUGCUCUCCGCUCCCUCCGCCCCUUCCUCUGGUGCCUCCCAGUCCAUCCCCCCCUCCCAGGCGGCCACGUUCAUGAACGACGCCAUCGAGAAGGCGCGCAAGGCUGCGGAGCUGCAGGCCCGGAUCCAAUCCCAGCUGGUGAUGAAGCCGGGCAUCCUGGGAGCCCUGGGCAGCACGGGACCUCAUAACCUGGUGGCGCUCGCCAACCUGCACGCCAUGGGCAUCGCUCCUCCGAAGGUGGAGGUUAAGGAGGUGAACAAGCCCACCCCGCUCAUCCUGGACGAGCUGGGCCGAACGGUGGACGCCAGCGGCAAGGAGGUGGAGCUCACACACCGCAUGCCGACUCUUAAAGCCAACAUCCGAGCGGUAAAAAGGGAGCAGUUCCGUCAGCAGCUGAAGGAGAAGCCGGGAGACGACCUGGAGUCCACCUCCUACUUUGACCAGAGGGUCACACUGACCCCAGCCCAGCGACCCCGCAAGGGCUUCAAGUUCCACGAGCAGGGUCGCUUUGAGAAGAUCGCCCAGAGGAUCCGAACCAAGGCUCAGUUGGAGAAACUGCAGACAGAGAUCGCUCAGGCUGCUAAGAAGACUGGCAUCCAGGCGUCCACCAAGCUGGCUCUCAUCGCCCCCAAGAAGGAGCUUGGCGAUGGGGAGGUGCCCAGCAUCGAGUGGUGGGACUCCUACAUCCUUCCCUCCAACAUAGACUUGUUAUCUCUCAGAUCCAAAGAGAUAUCGUUUGUCAACAUGGAGUUGUUCGGGGUCACCAACCUGGUGGAGCACCCUGCUCAGAUCAGCCCCCCAGUGGACACAGACAAGCCGGUGACCCUGGGAGUUUACCUGACCAAGAAGGAGCAGAAGAAGUUGAGGAGACAGACCCGCAGGGAGGCCCAGAAGGAGCUGCAGGAGAAGGUCCGCCUGGGCCUCAUGCCCCCUCCAGAGCCCAAAGUGCGUAUCUCCAACCUGAUGAGAGUGUUGGGAACCGAGGCAGUGCAGGACCCCACGAAGGUGGAGGCCCACGUCAGAGCACAGAUGGCCAAGAGACAGAAGGCUCACGAGGAGGCGAAUGCGGCUCGUAAGCUCACAGCAGAGCAGAGGAAGGAGAAGAAGGUCAAGAAGCUCAAGGAGGAUCUCACUCACGGGGUUCACAUCGCUGUGUUCAGGAUUCGUAACCUCCACAACCCCGCUAAGAAGUUCAAGGUGGAGGCCAACGCCAACCAGCUGUACCUGACGGGCACCGUGGUGCUGCACCGGGACGUCAACAUCGUGGUGGUGGAGGGAGGUCCCAAAGCCCAGAAGAAGUUUAAAAGACUGAUGCUUCACAGAAUCAAGUGGCCGGAACACAACUCUAAGAGAGAUGACCCAGAUGCUGACGACGACACGAAGAGGAACAACAGAUGCUCUCUGGUCUGGGAGGGCACAGCUAAGGAGCGGAGUUUUGGAGAAGUGAAGUUCAAGCAGUGUCCCACAGAGAACAUGGCCAGAGAACACUUUAAGAAACACGGAACCGAGCACUACUGGGACCAGGCCCUCAGCCAGAGUGUGUUGGAGAGCACAGACGACUGAAGAACGGGUCACAGGCUGAGGGUUCAGAGGUCAACCUGCCCCCUCCUUCAUGCCCCACCCCAACGGCCAACUGCUUGUCCUUGUUGAUUGACAGCUUUUUAACAGGUGGAUUUUUAAAAAGCAUGGAAAUGGAAGAUAACGUGUAGAGAGAGAGAGAGGGAGACUGGUGUGAAUGUGAGGCUUGCAGUUCUCAUCAAGAGUGACUGUCCAGUUGGUCGGUUGUCAGUAUUUAGACUAUCCAACAGAUUACACUCUGUUAAUAAGUAGCCUGCUUUUGCUUAAUUUGAACACAGUUAAACUUCAGCGCUGGCUGACAGUCCUGUCGUAUUGAAAUGUUACUCUAGUGUACCUCACACAAAACAUUUUCCAACCGGUGUUUCAAAGUCAUGUUUUUCCCAAAAUAUAUAAUGUGUACGAAUACAAAUAUUCUGCACUGUUCUGCUGAAAUAACGGGUGAACUUGUUAGGAUGAAUCGUUUGCUCUUGGCCUCCCUGAUGUAAAUUAGUAACAACCACCUAUUGUUGCGAUCAACAUUUUGAUUUGUUCUUUUUCUUUUUUUUCGUUUACAGAAAUGUUCUGUUCAGACUGCAUAUAUUGUGUCAGGUGUGUUACUGUAUAAGUGUACAUAGGCUGGCGAUGAAAACAUACAGAACAAUAAACUUUUGACCGGGAA